UAUUUCAAGGACUUCGACCACCGCUUCAGCCCAACUAUGCGGACGCCCUCCUUGUACUCUGUCGAGAGUUCCGUUGACCCCAUUUCUCUUGCUCUACGUGCUAACCACGCUGCUGAAACUCCCGACGAACGACGCUCCAGAUUAGACGCGGAAGCAGAGGCGAAGCGGGUCUCAGACCGUAUCGAUGAAGAGCUUAGGCAGGAGAGAGAACGACUUCGUCGCUCUCGUGGAGAUGUAAAACUACUGCUUCUUGGCCAAGCCGAGAGCGGGAAGAGUACUCUCCAGAAGCAAUUCCAGCUCAUGUACCGGCCCAGCUCAUUAGAGCAAGAACGGUCUUCGUGGCGCACAGUCAUUUACUUCAACGUCGUCCAUUCGUUAAAGCACAUUCUAUCCACCCUCGAGUCUUGGGACGACAACUUUGAUGAUGGCCCCCAACCCUCGCGCCAUUACGAUAAGAAUGCCGAACUUCCCCCACUUCCAACUGGAAUGCCUAGAGCGCCUUCUCGACCCGAAAGUCCCGCCCUUGGCUCCCGCUCCAACCGCAUCGCCCAUCUUCGCACCCGACUUGCUCCCCUCAUCGCAACCGACUCGCCUCUUGCCGAUCGUCUUAGUGGUGGCGUCAGUGUAUUAGGUUCCAAAGGCGGCCUUUACGUCCGCAGUGGUUGGCAAGCGCGCACUGUUGAGAAGGGCAUCGGCCGACAUUUCAAGAAAUCUAGCGAAGCUGAGUUCCGCAAGGGUCACGUUCCAGAUGAUGAGGGCGACUUUCUCCUUCAAGACAUUGCCCGCAUGCUUGCUGCGCUUAAAGAUGAUGUUAGAGAGCUCUGGGCACACCCAACCGUCAAAGGACUCAUCAUGAAGAGGAAGCUGAAACUGGAUGAGUGGUCCGAAUUCUUCCUCAAAGACAUCACUCGCAUCGCUGCGCUUGAUUAUAUCCCCACAACAGAUGAUAUCCUUCAUGCUCGCAUUCAGACCAUGGGUGUGGCAGAGCACAUAUUCGACGUCGAUCUCCAUGGCAAGUCGGUCACUUGGCACCUGUACGAUGUCGGCGGCGCCAGAGGGCAGCGGCACUCGUGGAUUCCCUAUUUUGACACGGCUAACGCGAUCAUCUUUGUGGCCCCAGUCAGCGCUUUUGACCAGUAUCUUGAAGAAGAUCCUCGGACCAACAGAAUCGACGACUCUUUGCAGCUAUUCACCCAAGUCUGCUCCAAUGCACUCCUGAAGAGUGUUCAUCUCGUCCUUUUCUUGAACAAGACCGAUUUGCUCAAGGCCAAGAUCGACAACGGUCUUCGAGUUGCGAAAUACAUAACCUCUUUCGGCGAUCGCGCGAACGACUACGAAACGGUCGUUCAAUACUUCCGUGCCCAUUUCUUGCAAGUCCACCGCCGGAACAACGAAAACCGUCGUGUACUUUAUACCCAUUUCACUAGUGUCGUGGACACGAAAACCACCCAACGUAUUAUUGGAAACGUUCGGGACUCCAUUUUCCGCGGUUACCUCCAAUCUGCUGCGCUUGUGUAA